GAGGAAGGCUCCUCUCAGCAGUUUAAUUAUGGCAUUCCUCUGAACCUAAUCAUGAGUAGAUGUAAACACAGGCAUCAGUCAUUUUACUGACCCUCUGGAGAACUGACUGACAGGCUGGGUGUACGAACCAGCAGCAUUAGCAAGCUGAAAACAUGGCUGUGUGUAACACCACUCUGUUCUGUGUAUGGCACGUUUUAAUCCUGGUGUGGCUCUGGAUUCUGGAAGCUGGCUGUGACACACAAUAUCAAGCGGAGGAGGAGGAGAUCUUCCACUCCGACAAACAGACCACACUGGAAUGGACUUCUGACCCACCCAAAAAAUGGAGUGAAAUUCGGCUGAGAGUGGGUACUCAGCGUCUGGUGCCUGUGCUCCAAGCUUGUGUAGGAACUGAAACGAGAACUAUUUUAAGCAAGUGGAUGGAGAGUAAACAUGCCAACGAUCUGCUGAUGGACAUUGCAUUUGCCCAAGAAGAAGAGCCAUCUGGUCAGCUCAUUCCACUAAAAGUUCACCUUGUCAACUCAGACACACCCAUCACAACACUUCCAAGAGGUUGGUCAGCCCUGGACCUUCAGACCUUGGAGCGGUUUCCUGAGACGGUCUCUCCACAGGAAAUAUCCAGUCACCUGAAGCGGAGCCAGGCUCUGAGCCUGGGCCCUGUCAGACGUAGAGGCUUCCAGAUCAUCUUCUCCUACUCCGGAACAUGCGUGCUGGUAACAUCCAUUAGACUGUACUACAGGAAGUGCCCUCACAUCGUGGCUAACCUGACCUUGUUUGAGGGGACAGGGGCUGGGUCCGGUACCCUAAUGGGUACCUGUGUGAAGGGAGCUGUGGAGGUUUCUCCACCUGUUAGAGAGUGUAAGGUGGAUGGAGUAUGGGGUCCACAGCUGGGGGGAUGUACCUGUGAACCUGGCCAUCAAGUCAUGGGUGACACCUGUCAAGCAUGCAUGAUGGGCUACUACAAAGCAGCCAAUGAGAGUGGAGGAUGCCGGCUGUGCCCACCAAACAGCAGGACACAUGAGGAGGGAUCAGAGAGGUGUGAUUGUCUGCAGGGUUUCAACCGUCUACCCACUGACCCCGAAGACCUCGGCUGCACGAAACCACCCUCUGCCCCUGUGAAUCUUACAGCCCAUCAUCAUAAUGACUCUGUGCUAUUAAUGACGUGGGAUCCUCCUCAUGACUGGGGAGGCAGACAGGAAGUGAUGUAUCGUGUCAACUGCGAGAAGGAAGCAGAGGUGGGGAGUCGGUGGAGGGCAUGUGGGAAUGAUGUGGUUUUCCUGCCAGACUCAGUCAGACUGAACGGCACAUCUGUCAUCAUCACAGGACUGAAUCCACAGCACAACUACAGACUGUCAGUGAAAGCCUGGAACGAUAUAUCCAACCUGCAGGGGGCACCACCUUCAUCCACUGCUACUGUUACCAUCCAUAGAUGUAUGCAAGGGAAAGAUCCUCCUGUGGUGACAGCUGCGACCCAGGCCUUCAACAUCUCAGAGCAGGAAAUAACACCAGCUCCUCAAGUACAGAGUCACUUUUCCCAGUGGCUCACAGUUGGUGUUUUAUUCGGCAUCCUGCUGCUUGUGGCUGUAAUCUCGAUUGCUGUGGGUGCCCUGCACUGCAACUACACUAAACUCAGGUCUGACCAGGAUGUCGAACUUUUGCCAAUGGACGCUGUAAUUUCCUAUCGACGUGCCCAGGAGGUUGAGGCUGCACCACAGCAGGCCAACAUGUUGGAGGGUGUGGACCAGUUGUUGGAGGGGCUCAGUGGCAGGCUGCUGGCCAGUCUUAAGGAUGUCCUGGUGGAGAGACACAAGCUUACCCUGGGCAAAGAGCUUGGUAGAGGAGAGUUUGGCUCAGUGUAUGAAGGAGUCUUCACCACAAAUGAAGGCAUGGACAUCAAGGUGGCUGUGAAGACCCUGAGAGUUGGAUUCUACAACCAUGAAGACUUGCACAAGUUCUUGAGAGAGGCAGAGAUCAUGCAGAGCUUCCGUCAUGAAAAUGUGGUCGGACUACUUGGGGUGACUUUACAGAGAGAGCAGGACAUUCCUCUGCCUGUUCCCCUGGUCAUCCUGCCCUAUAUGAAACAUGGAGACCUUCGUCAGUUCCUCAUUGGUACACGCUAUGGCAACAUUCCCAUGUUUGUGCCCCAUCAGAGUCUUCUGCACUUCAUGAUUGACAUUGCAGCAGGGAUGGACUAUCUGAGCUCACAGGGGUUCCUGCAUAGAGACCUGGCUGCGCGCAACUGCAUGCUGGGUGAUGACCUGAGGGUCUGUGUGGCUGACUUUGGCCUGUCCAAGAAGAUCUAUAGCAGCAAUUAUUAUCGUCAGAAAGUAGCAACCCGUUUGCCUGUCAAGUGGAUGGCCAUGGAGAGCCUGUCUGAUUCCGUCUACACCACCAAAAGUGAUGUGUGGGCAUUUGGCGUGACUAUGUGGGAGAUUGUGUCACGAGGAAGAACUCCCUAUCCCGGAAUUCCUAACCAUGAGCUGCUGGACCUGCUGCUGUCCGGACAUAGGCUGAAACUACCUAAGGACUGUGACCACAAACUUUAUGAAGUCAUGCAGAGCUGCUGGGAUAAGCAGCCGAGCCAAAGGCCUGGCUUCAGGGAACUGGGUGAGACACUGAAAGGUCUUCUGUCGGAGCUUCCGGAGCUGGAGGCCAGCCAGGAGGCCAGCUACAUUAACCAGGUCCUGGAGGUUGCUACUGCGGCUGUUUCUCAGGAGUCACAGACAGACUCUGGGAGAAGACUUGGAAAUGUCUACCUGUCUGCCCCAGUGGGUGCAGCUUCAGCCAGAGUUGAGGAUAUAGAAGUAAAGGAUGGUUACCUUAAGUGUAUUACUAGCUCAUUGGUGAAGGGGGAUGAUAAUCACUAAAAAGACAGUAUUUUUGUAGAAAAGAAAACUGUAAAAAUUUAUCUUACAGAGGACUUUGUAUUAACUGUGUGUGAGAGAGAAACAGAGGUGUGUGUGUUUGCAUAAAGCGCUCAGUGGCAUUUCUAAGGGACAGGGAUUCGGGGGUGGGGCUGGAUGGAUAGCCAAGGAGGACAAUGUCUCCAAUUGGAAAUAAACAGCAAGAGGGUGACCGAAACAACAAUGUUUGAUAAGCAUACAAUAUUUGCACAAACUUUUUCUGUAUCAGUUACAAGAAAAUAUUAACUACACUGAACAAAAAUAUAAAUGCAACAUUUUUGU